GUUUCCAGCUAAAAUAUGGACGAUUAUGCUCCAAGUCGUUAUAAAAUAUUGGAGAAAAUUGGUGAAGGAGUUCAUGGUUGUGUCUUCAAAGCUAUAGAUUUACAUAGAAAAUGUCCAGUGGCCAUAAAGAAGGUGGCUUUGAAGAACAAAUUUGGAAAUAUCUCAUUAAAUACGCUGCGCGAAAUAAAAACAUUACAAUUAUCAAAAUGUGAAUAUAUUAUUGACAUCGUUGAUUUGUUUCCCGAUCUCAUUGGUUUGUCUUUGGUCUUGGAGUAUAUGCCCGAAACUCUCUAUGGCAAAUUGAAAAACGAUGCCAAUCCAUUGAGUAGACAACAAGUUCGGAAGUUCGCCUUAAUGAUGCUUAAAGGAAUUGAAUAUCUACAUAAACUGGGCAUUAUACAUAGGGACAUAAAACCAGCAAAUCUUUUGAUAAGUGAAACUGAAAUUCUUAAGAUAGCAGAUUUUGGUUUGGCCCGUCUACAUUUUCCCGAUGAAGAAAAUCGUUUGUAUUCGCCGCAAGUAUCAACUCGUUGGUAUCGAGCACCCGAAAUACUGUGGGGUAGUCAAAAGUAUGGUCCUCCUGUUGAUAUGUGGGCAUCCGGCUGUGUUGUGGCGGAAAUGCUAAGGGGUGUUCCAUUGUUUGCGGGUACAACCGACAUAGAGCAAUUGGCUUUGGUUAUACGCACUUUGGGAACACCACGUUUAAACGAGUGGCCGGAAUUGACCUCUAUGCCAGAUUAUAAUAAGAUAAGAUUUCCUAAUGCCGUUGGUAUCAAUUGGGAUAAUCUCUUUCCAAGCUGUACCUAUGCCACAGAAAUAAAUUUAGUUGCCAAUCUUGUUAUAUAUAACCCUAAGAACCGAUUGACUGCCGAAGAGGCAAUAAAGCAUGAGUACUUUCAGAGAUAAAUACAAGCUUUCUACAAACAAAGGAUUAUAUGCGAACAUAAUAUUAAGCUAAUAUCUAAUUUAUAUUUAAAUUUAAAAGUUUAAGUAUUAAAAUGGAAUAUUGAUACAAAUGUUAACAAUUUCUGUUUUUAAAUUUAAUUUUUUUCAUGUUUUUAUAAAAGUAGAGCUUAUGAAAUAAAUUAGAAAU